AUGUCAAAUAAAAGAUUUGAUCAAAUCGGUUCACUUUUAAAUCAAUUAAAUGACAUAACACAAAACAUAAAAAAUAAGAAAUCGCACAUUGGAGGAGAUAAAGAUAAUGUUGGAUAUAGGGAUUUAAUUAAACAAGAAAUUAGCAGAGGAAAAGAAACAAUAAAUAAUAUAAAAAAAGAGUUUUCAAAUGGUUUUGAUAGAAAUGAUAGAAUAAAGGUUAAAAAGUUACAAUCACAAUUUGAAGAAUUGAGCAAGCAGUUUGAAAAAGAAUGUACAGAGAUUAUAGAUUUACAAUUAAGAAAUGCUAUUGGAAGCAAAGGUAGAUCAGGAUCAUUGUCAAUUAACAGUAGAGGUGAUAGCAAGAGAUCGGGUUCGUUCGCUGGUAGAGUGCAACCAGUUGUACAACCACAUCAAGAAUACAGUAACCAAACCACACAGGAAUUGCAAUUACAACAAUUGGAAAUUACAUUGUCCGAUGCACAACCAGUCGAAGAAAUGAUUUUAGAGGAAUAUAACAAUGAAGUUAAAACCUUGGUCAAAGAGUUAGUAAUGAUAAAAGAAAUUACCGGAGAUCUUCAAGCUUUGGUAGUUGAACAAGGUGUUCAAAUUGAGCAAGCCAAUACUCAAGUACAAAUCAGUUCAAUGGAUAUAGAGCAAGCCAAUGUUCAAUUAAAGGAAGCAAAUUCUUUGGCUAGCAGUUAUCGUAAAAAAAUUGUCAUUCUUGUAAUUAUAUUGUUGAUCAUUAUUGGUGUAGUUGUUGGUUUAUGUGUUGGUUUAUUAAAAUAG